CUUCACUUCCCACAAAUCAGUGGGCGCGAGCACCUUGGUCUCCAUGACAGUCUUGCUAUUGUUGUUCAGUAGAUAAUCAUGGAUGGAUGAAGAAUACAACUGCUUUUCUGUCCAUUAAAGCCUUCCUAAUAAAUCAGUCGACGAUAUGGUGGAAUAAUCGGAUUUUUGUUUUAUGUUCGCGGACUCUUUAACGUUACUCUCCUCCAGUCCACACAAGGUUUGAUAGAUCAGGUUCGGCCCAGCUUAGUGCUGGGUACUAACGUUACACCUUUUUCCUGUCAGCACAGCUGUGAUCCAGUCUGUGAGGGUCCGACUGUUUGUGAAGCAUGAGAGAGCAGCAGCGGUGGUGCAGCGGCCCUGUCCGGACACAGGAGGCUCGGAGUCGGAUCACAGGCUUGAUGGAGGCGAUGCGCCUGUAACCGCUUCAGGAGGAUGAUUUCCCGAUACAGCCGCCGGCCUGUAUCCCACAGCCUCGAGAUUCGUGGUUUGUCCCGCAGCUGUCUGGACCAGCAUCCUCUUCCAGAGGAGGCAGAUGAUGAUACUGUGCAUCCUUCCAGACUCCUGCAUGAUCUACAGGAGGACAUGUCCUCAUACAGCAGGUCUGAGGAGUCCUCUGCGUCAUCCGUCAGAUCAGGAUGUCAGACACUCACCACAGAUGACACAGCUCAGUCUUGGUCUGGUAUCCAUAGUUACACGGGAACUGGCAUCUCUACAGAACACAGCUCUGUCUUCUCGUGGGGCUACGAUGAAUUUGAUAAAGCUGCCUCAAGGCAGGUCCAGCAGAUGUUUGAAGAGAUUGAAGAGCUGUUGUAUGAGAGGAAGUGUGAAACACAGCUCAAAGGCCUGCAGGAAGAGUGUCAAGAGUGGGCUUCACGGUUCCCUCAUCUACGGAUCCUGGGAACACAGCUGGUGUGUCCUACAGAUGAAGGAUUCCAGUGGUACGCCACACCAGCUCAUGCGCCCAUCCCCUCCAGUGGCGGCCAGAGCAAUGAGAAAACUAAUGAGUUGUAUGUGCAGGGUCGGAGGGCAGUUUUGUGUCGGCCCACUUUGGAGGUGACCCACCCUCAUGCCAUGCCCAGUAGUAUCAAUGGAGAAGAGUUGCCCAGGGUGAUUGAGGCCGAGGGGCUGAUAGAAGAGUAUCUCGCCUUUGAUUGCAGGGAUCUGGACGAGGAAUGGGAACGUCAGUAUGUGAACAGACGGCGGAGGCGCUGGCUGCCCCCUGUCUCGCCUUAUCGCUGUCGUCGGGAGGCGGUGCUUGAUCUGCUGUUUGAUGACGUGUGGUGUGAGCUCAUUGGCUGGAUGGAGGAGCUUGUACGUAGGCAUUGGGAGGGUUUUGUGUCAGAUGAUGAGAAGAAUACCGUGGCCCUCAGCCCUGCCUGCCUUGAUACCCAGAAUCCUUUUCUGCUGCUGUCCAAUGUCUCAACAGUGCUUCCUCCACUGUCACAGACCAGAACACAACAGCUCACAGCCAGCUUGCAGGCUCAGAGCUCAAAGUCAUUAGGUUCAAAGCACAAGUCAAGACGGAAAUCCAAAAAGCAGAGAAAGUCAUCGACAACCAGUCGAGUACCUGUAGGUGCAACGGUUGCUCAUCACAAUCUCAAUGACCUCAUCAUGAUACAUGGCAUUCCACUGCAGCAAAGGAACCUGGGAACACUGGACCGAAUAGCUCAGUAUGAACACUGCAGAAAAAAUAAACACAACCUUUACAAAUUUGGAGAAGGUUUAUGUUUGUUUCCUACCAGUAAACCUCGGCCCCGUCGUGCAUUGGAACAAAGCACCUCCUCUUUGACCCGCCCCCCUCAGUCGGCACGGCGACGGAACCCGCCCCCUCGCACUCUAAUGCCAUUGACAUCCAGUGUAACACAGCCCAUCACAACUGGCUCCAUGGAAGAGGUGGUUAGAGGCACAAGAUUGACGACCGCCAGUGAUCGUUUGGCCUCACCUCCAAUGCCUCUCAGUAGAAACACACUCCUCCCUCCCAUUGGCACAGGAGACGCAGACCACACAUACUCCGGACAGCACUCUCGGCUUAUGCAGAAGCAAAGAGGCUCCUCGAGUCGUGCGCACAGUGCAGUGACCGACGAGGGUGUCAGUCUGCAGCCCAGAGACAAACUGCACCUGCUGGAUGUGUUUUCCAGACCAAACACCACACACACCUUUAGGUCAGACACCCCUUAUCGCCGUUCAUUCACUGGAAUAGACAGCAUCGGGCAGGGACGAACUGGCAGAGCGUCUGCUGGUGUUGAUUCUCUGGGAAUUGGUGUGACUGGAAUCAGUUUGGGCAUCAGCAGCUCCUCCUUCAUAGACUCAUUUUCCCAUCAUCCCCUUGGCCACUUCCCCAUCGAGCAUGAGGAGGAGCAAGAUGCAAAAGCUCCGCCCCCAGUGUCUGUUCCAGCACGUUCCCACAACAGAGGCGGUUCGACGGCACGCAGUAGCAGACCAGGGCUCUAACACAAACACACAAUCUCCAUCACCUUGAACCAAACUCACCUCAGCACUGACGCAACUUUUCUUCAGUACUGACAGACACUUUAUACGUCUGCUAGACUUUUGUAUGACACGCCGUUUGGGCGUGGACUUUAUUUAUGACCGCUGUUGUCAUUAUUAGUAAUAUUGUUAUUCAUGUUGUUGUUUGAAAUUUUCUAAAACCCUAUUUUUGUAUAUUGGACUAUUCAGCUUCAUACAGCUGCCAAAUACAGGAAACUGUCUUUCCCUUACAUCUGUAGAUGUACUGUACUGUACUGUACAUGCUGUACUGUAUGGAGUAACUACUUUUGGUUUUCCCUAAAGACGGCUCUAUGAAGCCUACAUGGAGUUUCUAUGCAGGUUCAUUCAAGCAGGGUAUUUUAAAUUGCCUGAAUGUUGGCGCACCGGAGUGUUCAGGACCCUGCUGGAUCGUGAGAACCUGCUGUAGAAGAUUAUAAUAUCUAUAUCCUAGAUGGAUGUUCCAUUGUGAUGCAAUUCUAACAGUUUCAUCCAUGAUCAUGGACAAUAGGUGUGUAAGACUAUCUUUUAAUUAAGAUUAUGAAGAGUCCAAAGGGUUGUAACCCUUUGUAUCAUGAUUCCGUGAUCAUGUGAUGUUCAAUAACAUUAUAACAUUCAAACUGACUCUAAGGUCUUAAUCAGUGUAGAACCACUCUGACCUUGUUUUUCAGAUGGAAACACUAAUACACUGAAGUUCUGGAAGCACACCUGCAAUACGAGAGCGGGCCGGUACAAUAGUACAGCCUACAUAAUGACAGAUGAAAAGAAGAUUUAAAAGUUUCAGGUUUCUUAUUUUAAAACCAUUUGUUAUUCAGAAAAUAAGCCUUUGUGAUGGAGCCUUAGUCCCGUGAGCCAUACUUGGCAAGCGACGGACAGGAUGGUGUUUAUUAAUUAUUACAUGUAUAAAUAGAAAUGCACAGAAAUACUGCAGAGUUCAGGGUUUGUUGAAAUAAGCGUACUGUAAAAAUCUUCUCUGUUUUUUUUUUUUUUUUCAGUUUAAAGUGGAUUUUACAGGAAUAUUAUAGGGAAAUGUUUUAUUUAGACUUUUAAAUGGCCAUUUGGUUCUUUUGGUGCCAGGAAAUCCUUAAAUAUUCAACACUGACUGGUAAAGCACAUUUUGACGUACCAUUUUACUGGCAGAUAUUGAAUGUGGCUCUUACAGGUUUGUAAUGUUUAUGUGGCAGCUUCACUGUAACAGCAUUUAUUGAAAUUGUACCGACUCUAACUGAACAUUUGCAUUUCUCUGAUUUGAUUAACGUGUUGAUCUCAGUGAGUGAGUAUUUCUUUUAAUGAACUUUUUUUCUAUGUGGAGAGUAACUAAGCUCAAAGCAUGUAUUAUGAGUGUACAGGCCAUCAUAAUGUUUGAUGAUCAGAGAGAUGGAUUCCUCUACAGCCAUACGGAAGGGAUGUCACUGGAAGACAUCUCUUCAUACCCCAGCCUAACGCCUCCGCCUCUAAGACAGAUCCAGCUAUUCUUCACUCAGCUCAGCAAGGACAAUCUAGAGUUGCAGAAGUUGUAGCCAUAUUUGACUUCUAGAGUUUCUUUGUCAUUCGACAGAGAUUUCUAGAGUUCCAGUAGACAUUCUGCUGUCUGACCACCGAGUUUCAUUGCUGCUGAUUUGAGUGGGCAGAUUUCAAGAGCCAUGGCACCUGGAUCAACACGGAUGCAGAUCUUUUGCAAGCAGACGUGUUUGGUGUGUGGAAAUAAUGGUUUAUCUGCUCUAAGUCUGGUGGAGAUGACCGUGCUGGAUGGGAGUGUGUGUGUGUGUGUGUGUGUGUGUGUGUGUGUGUGUGUGUGUGGAGGUGACAGCUCUUGGCAGGUGUAGCACUGCUGUAUCUAAGAUUCCCCCUAAAUGUUUACCUCUGUAACAUAAAUGAGAAUGGCAAUUGAACAAUAAAGGUAAUUAUUUGAAUAAUA